AUGUCCCCCGCCCCAACCCUCCCACACCGCCGCACCCACAACCUCCUCCUAAUCUCCAAGCUUCUCUCUCUCGCACAACCCCCUCACGCACAACCUACCUCGCCCUUCACACUCCUGCUCGACACGCUCGAGCAGCCCGCGCGACCUCUGCUGACGCGCGAGUACCUGCGGCGGGCGGGGCCACGGGCACGGCCACUCUCCUCUUCCUCUUCGAGAGCGGGGAGCGGGAGCGCGAGCGUCGUCGUCGUCGUGUUUUUGGGAUUCGAGACGUUCGCGAAACCUGACGGUGUGGACUAUUUCGUGCCUUGUUACGGGUUCUGUGGCGGCGGGGAAGCGGUUGGAGGCGGAGGGAUGGGAGGGCCGGGGAGAAGUGGAGGGAUGGGCGAAGGGGUGGGAGAGAGGAUUGCGAGGGAGGUGGGUGAGAUUCUUCGGCAGAGCGGCGGGAAGAGGUUCUUGAUCAUGAUUGAUUCCCUAACGACACUGGCAUCCCUCUCUAUACGGCCAACAUCGAAUCUCAACCUGACCGCGUUCCUGUCCUCCCUUCUCCAGCCACCGGGUCUGCAGAUAAAAGGCCUGGAGCAGGAUCAAGGUCCACAAAUCUCACUAGUCGCGGUUUAUCACACAGACGUCCCCCUCCCGUCACCACCUCCUUCGGCACUACCGCCUGCCGCGCUGUUAAACUCCUAUUCGCCUUCACCACUCUCACUCUUGUCAUACCUCGCCACCACCAUCAUAACGAUACAUUCCCUUCCGAUUCUCCUCGCCGAAAAGUCUGCCCGUUCGAAAUCCCUCGCCGCACCGUCCUUUGGCCUCUCGGAAGAAGUCGAUGGCGUGGUAAUUGGGCUCAAGCCGAAGUCCUUGACGAAAUUGAAUCAGGAGGAACGCGGGAUUGUGUUGGAAUUGGAGCACCGCAGGAGAAGUGGUAGAGGAGUCAGAGAGUGGUUCUUCUUGCCGGCAUCCCGGAACGCCACGAAGAAGGGAGAGGGCCAGCCAUUUCAGGAGAUUGUCACCCUACUCGAUGAUCACCCAUUGUUCCGCAGAUCAGAGGAAGAAACGUCGGAAGAGCUUUCGGACAUGACCUUCAACCUGGCUUUGACAGAGCGGCAACGCCUGGAGCGAGAAGGCGUGGUGCUGCCGUAUUUUGAUGCUCAAAAAGCGGGUGGCGGGGCGGGUGAGGGUGGGCGGAUCUUGUACGACAUGGGUGUUGAGGAUGACUUUGACGAGGAAGAGGACGAGAUCUAA